UUUCUGCGCCACACUACCACUUGUUCAUCUUUUGUUAUCAAAAAAUAAUUUGCAUAUUUAGCAACUCUUAAGUGCCCUUGAUUGAGAGAUUAAUUAUUUAUCUUUUUUUAUGUCUGACCAGAUCAUUAUAAUACUCCAGUCUGAUGGUCAGGCAAUAUUCCAUUCAUCCAACAAUUGACAAAGGUCAACAGACGUCAUUUGUAAUUAUGAGUCAUACAUGAUCAGCUGAUAUAGCUUAAAUGUCGAGCGCAUCAUACCACACACAUGUCUAGUAUAAUAUAUUUAUAUAUAUUUGGUCAGAGUUUAACCAAUAGGCUAGAUGCAAAUGGCGUGAUUAAUAUAGGCUUUUCUAGCUCAUCUAUAGGUCAACUGUUUAUUAGUCAAGGUCAAUCGUAUGUGUAUAGGAUUAAAAUAAGAAACAAACAAUCUUUCUUCAUUUCUCUUGUGUCUCGUGCCAUGUCUGGCCAUCUUAGUGGUUUGUUGGAUUACGAUAUGAACCCUGUUACAGCACAGUAUAUUUUAUUUACUUCAUUGCAAAAACUUGAUCAGGCUAAACGUUCUCGUGGAGGUAUUAGACUGCGUCAUAGUCUUAUGAUCACUGUAACUGCACUGAAAGCUAAACAACUUUUAUGGGGUCAAAAUCAAUCAGUUCACGAGAAUGAAUACCUGUCAAAACCUCGUUUACGUGACGAAGAAUAUGAGACUGUUCACUUGGCAUGUCAUGUAUAUGAUCAACCAGUUUCAAAUCAAGGACUCAGCGAGUUCACCUAUCUCCGCGACUCGAAUGAACCUUUCUUUCCCCCACCAAUAGAUGACAUGAUGGAAAUCGACAGUACGGAUCUAGCCAAUACUCCAUCUAAACGAUUACGUCAAGACUACACAUUCCCUUCAUCUCCUUCAUCAGUACCAUCGUACAAUGAACCUUAUCUAGUCAGCAUUAAAUAAACAAAAAAAGUUUCCAUCAGAAUGUUGAUCGAAAGGCUUACCUCCAAUAUUUUUUCUGUGAUACAUUUUAUAAACCAAGGUCCUUCUUUUUUCUUAAUCUUAUACUCUGUCUUCAGUAUCUAUUUUUCACUUCUAUGUUCGCAUGUUGUGUACAAAACUUGUUUGCGUAUGCCAAAAAAUAAUUAUCGACUGCUUGUCAGCCAGAAAAGUAAACAUGUACUCCUGAAAUGCAGAGUAUUAUUUUCUAGUUUUCUCUCUUGUUGAACAUAAUGAAAACACUUUUUGUACAAUUUUUCAUCAAGUUCUCAUUCUUUAUCCUGGAUAUUUUAUUCCCAGGCCUUUUUCUUGUAUUAGAUGACCACUGUACAUAUUUUUUUCUUGAAUAU